GUUAAAUUUUUUAUAUGAAAUACGUGACAAUUAUUGUCACAUAAAAAUUAUACAUGAGCUUAUUAUAGCGACCACUUAAAAACGGGGCUAUAAAACCAGCCUAGUUUAUUGAGAAGUCAACAAGGUAUCAGUAAGUGCAGUCAUGAAGUUUUGUGCGAAUCUUUUCUUCAUGUUCCCUAAAGAGUCAACAAUGGCCGAGCGUUAUGCCCUAGCAAAGGAGGUUGGGUUCAAAGCUGUGGAGUCGAGGUUCCCGAUGGGUCAUACUGUGAGUGAGGUCAAACAGAUUAAGGAGAAUUCUGGGCUUCAGCUUGUUAUGCUAAAUCUUAAGACAGGGGACGUUUCAAAAGGAGAAUUAGGAGUAACAGCAAUACCUGGCAAAGAAUCUGUUUUUAAGGAUAUUUUGAGAGAAACCAUAGAGUAUGCAACAGCAUUAGAUGCGCAAAUAGUGCAUAUUAUGGCAGGACAAGUAGUAAGCAAGAGUUUAGAAAAUUGGAACACUUACGAAAAAAAUUUAAGAUAUGCCGCGGCAGAACUUGGUAAAUAUAAUCUAAUGGGAGUUAUUGAACCAGUUUGUCAAUAUGCCUGGCCAAAAUACUAUUUGAAUGACUUCUUUAAAGCUGUGGAAAUAAUAAAGAAGAUCAAUAGUCCGAACUUGAAGUUACUAUUGGACAUUUUCCAUCUACAGCAUAUUCAUGGGGACCUCUAUCAUAACAUAAAAUUAUUUAUGCCCUACGUCGGACAUGUGCAGAUAGCACAAGUGCCAAAUCGCCACGAGCCGGAUACUCCUGGCGAAAUCAAUUACCAGUAUGUACUGAAACUGUUGCAGGACUUCGGCUAUAAGGGUUGGGUGGGACUCGAGUACAUACCUAAAGGCGACUUGAAAGAGGGUCUAAAAUGGAUUAAAAAUUAUGGUUACAGCUUGUGAUACUUAUUGGCUCUUAUUUCGAGUUUUAAAGGACAUGUUGUUUUUUUAUUUAUCUUAAUUUUAUAGAAAUGAAAAAUAAACUGUUGUAUGUUUUUAAGGGUAGCUCCCCAUACAAGUGGGGGUUAUAUUUAUUUCCCACUAACCCAUCCGGGCGACCAUCUUAUAAAAUGUAUUCGGAAAAGUGAAAUUUCAUACAAAUUUGGACGAAAAUUAGUUGAUAGUUUAAUACGUAAAACAAGUACAUAAAACUAAAUUUAUUUUUAAAUAUAUAGGCUCAUAUUUAGACACUUGUGAGAGUGAGUCGCAACUACGGAACCUUGCAAUGCG